AUGCCGAGAAAAGCACGCCAACACAAGGUGCGAGGGCUUCUCCCCUCAGCUAUCGAAGACGGAAAAGACUUGGAUCCCCAAAUGAAGCGUGACGCCCGCGAAAUCGAGGGGGAUACCCCGAAAGCCGCAGCCAAGGAUGGCCCCAAAGAGACCAAGCCUGAGCCAAACCCAGCGUCCAAGCGUAUCAGUAUCAACCGCGAGGAGAUUACGAAGAUUAUGAUGGCUCAGUCCCAGGCAGCUCGCCAGGCCAAACUCGGACUGCCCUUCCAAGCUCGCGAGGAAAUAGGCAAGGAUGUCCCUGGGUUCAAUAAAUCUCAGAGUGGCAAUCGCAAGCAGCCUGUGUACGAUGGAGCCACCAAGGGACGCCCUCCUCUCUCGAACGAGGCAAUCGCCGCCAUCCUCAGAUACACCAAGCCGGAGUGUAACAAGGCCCAGACCUGGGUUCAUGCCCAUGAGUUCACCAAAGCAGUUCAGGAAAGAAUGAAGGCCAAAAUGGAGGAGCGCGAGGACCUCCGGAAGAAGAUUCACCGCAAACUGCAUGCUCAGUUGAUGUUGAACAACCCCGGCGCACGUCCCAACAAUCUCCAGGCAGUGCGAGGCGAGCAGGUGGACGAUGAUAGCAAGCUGACUCCGACGCAGAGGGUCCAGAGAGCCCACGAUAGACUUCAGAAAGCAUUGGCAGAAAUUCUGGACGUAUAG